AUGCACGAGAGCUCGCCACCCGGUUACAUGGACGACCCUGCCAGCGAGCGGUACGGCAGCCACCAGAGGGCGCCACCGGCUCCACGGGCGGCCUAUUACGCGUCGCCGUCCCACGAUACCCAGCAGCCCUCUACCAGCAGCUACCACGUCAACCAGGCGUACAGCGCGCACGAGGCCGAGGAGGCGGUCCGUGACGACGCCGACGAUGGCAGGAGACGAGGAGGCGGCAAGGCCCUGUCGCACCAAAACAGCCGGACUGCGACGCUUGGCAUGGGCAUGACGUUGUCACGCAGUCAGCGCGCGUACGCCAUGAACAGGAUGGGGGAGCAGUUGUUGUCGGUUUCCGCUCCCGAUGAAGAGAACCUGCCGACUCGGCGGCGAUGCUGGGCGAAGAACUGUUUCAGUACGGACCAUCACUCUCACCCGAUGACCAGCAAACGUUUCAAGGACAUGCUAGCCGGGAAGGGUUACGAGAUCGUGGAAGAGAAAGGAGCCAAAGGUUUCUGGUUCAAAACGAAGCGAAAAUGGAACAACUUUCUCGACAACUUCAAGGUAUGGGACAAGUCGAUGAAGGAGGUCGAAGGAAACUUCGGCAGCGGCGUAAUGUCUUACUUCGCCUUCGUGCGUUGGCUCCUCGUGCUCAACUUCCUCAUCCUGCUACUGAUGGUCAUCUUCGUCACACUACCCAGCGUCUUCUUCGACAAGGCCGUUAACAGCGACGCAGCGGCGCCACCUGACGAUGGCGGGGAUAUCAUCGAGCCUGUUGUGUGUAACAUGACGGUACAGUGCUGUGCGGCGCAAUAUCUAGAUGCAUUGCAUAGUCGGAGCUCGCUUUGGUACGACUACGUUCUGGACAUUUUCCAGGGAACGGGAUGGAUGGAAUAUACAUGGUUUUUCAUCGGCUACUACAACAACUCCGACUUGGACAUCCAAGGCGUGUCAUUCGAUUACAGCGUACCGCUUGCCUACAUCGUCGUGACGGGAAUCUACGUCUUAUGCAGUGCCAUCCUCAUGCUAAGCAGGUUUUCCGAACAUUGGAAAGAGCGGCUGGUCGCGCAGGAGUCGAUGAGCGUCAACCGCAACAUGCAGUACGUGUUCAAGGUUUUCACCGGCUGGGACUUCACCCUGAGCAGCGCGAAGACGGCCGAUCUCAACCAUCUGAACAUCUAUCAACUUUUAAUCGCAGAUCUAGCGGAGGAAAGGAGACAGGAAAGAGUACAGAGUCGAACAUUUAAAGAGAAAUGUAAACUGAUUCUUCUGCGACAACUCAUCAAUCUCGUGGUGAUUCUCGUGCUCGUCGGCGUAGGUGCCAUCAUACUGCUCGCCACAGUAUACACGCAGGAGGUUCUCUCGUCCAGCACGUCGCUGAGUACGGUGGAGUCUUUGGCGCUAGAGUUCCUGCCUCCGCUGACGAUCACCGUGCUCUACAUGUUUGUCUCGGUCGGGUUCACGGCGAUCACGAAGUUAGGUCAGCACGAACUCGACACUGAAAUCAACGUGAUUCUGCUCAGAAUAGUGUUUUUAAGACUGACAUCUCUCGCCAUGUUGGUCUAUGCUGUCAUAAGACAAGUAACCCAGUGCGAAAGCAGCGAACUCGGAAGUUGCGGCGAGUGCAAUAACCUUCAAUGCUGGGAGACAUAUUUCGGACAGCAGAUAUAUAAGCUGGCCAUCGUCGACCUUGGCGUCUUGCUGAUCGUCACGUUUUUGGUUGAAUUUCCGAGAAAGAUUCUCGAUGAAAUACGUACGACUGUCCCACCGUUCACUAUGCCUCUAGCAGGAGCCUCUAUGUGGCUAUUUAACCGCGACAAAUUACCUGCUACUUUCGCAGUUUGUAGUUUUUUCAGGUUGGGCCCAGCAUUCUUUUGCCUCCGCUGGCUUGGGGCCGCCAUGGUGAUCGCUUUCAUCCGUGCGUUCUACGUGAAGAAGUUGUCAUUGAUGGUAAACUACCAACCGUCGCGGAGGCUGGGGAAGGUGUCGCGUUCCAACGCGUUCUUCCUCGUUGUGUUGCUCAUCGCCUUCUUCCUCUGCCUCGUCCCGAUCGGCUGGUCCAUGUUUAAGAUAACGCCGAGUUUAGGCUGCGGGCCGUUCCGUGGCAGCGGCGCGAUGUACGAUGUCGUCAUCGCACACAUCGGCGACCUGCCGGAUUUCCCGCGUGACGUCUUCUGGUUUGUCGCGUCGACGAUCGCUCUCACCUCACUCGUCGUUCUACUCAUUCUCACGACACACUUCUACAGAACGAAAUCGAGCGCGUACCAGAUCAUCAUAGAGAAGAUGCGAGAUGACAUCACGACGAUGAAGAGCGACAGAGCCAUGGUGACAGAGAUCGUGCAGGUGGGCGUGACAUAUACGCCCUAG